CCCCCUCCGCGCGGUCGGGGCCUCGAACCGGUGGCCCGACCGACCCCGCGUCUCUCCCCGCCCCCACCGGGCUGCUGCGGUGCAUCCCGCACCUGCCCUUGCUGGUCCGCAUCCCGGGCCCUGCGGCCGCGGUGUGUGCACUCCUUGCACACCCGCCCGGGGACACCCCAGCACUCAACCUCCCGCCUCUGGCGUUGGGUGCACACCCUCCUCUGCCCAGCCCUUGCUAACUUCUGGGAGUUCACCGGCUCUGGGCCCACCACCUUGAAAUGCUCCUGGGUCACCGCUCUCUAUUCUUGUCCCCAAACACGCAUUGCUUGCAGCGCUGCUAGCUGGUGGCCUGACCCUUUACAGGCACCUUUUUUUAUUUCCUGAAGCCCACCUCGUCCCUGGAGAAGACCGGAGCAUUACGCUCCGCUCCGGGUGCAGAGCCUCGGAUUUGGAGAAGCCCCGUCCCUCUCCCCGAGACCAAUCUUCCUCCAGUCCCUUGAGCUUAACCCAUUCCUCUCCAAGGUGUGCUACGCUAGAUGGGCGCCCGGAGAGCAUACUCCUGCGGAGGGCUUUUCCAGGGGAGAUCGUCUAGCCGCUCGAUGGGGAGUCACAGAAGACCGCCUGUGUGUGUCAGAUCCCCACCUCUCUGUAGCAAGAGAAGUAACUACAGCGCCUUCACAGUCAUGAUGAUGAAACUGGUAUUAACUGAGUGGCCCUUAUGGAUUUUUAACUCUAACUCACAGUGAGCCAGCAAGCCAUAUGUUUACAGUUCAACCAAAAACCCUUCGUGUUGCUGCACUUCUUGUGAGAGGUUGAGACGCCUGUUGGUACAGAGUGGAAUACAAGAGUUACUUGCCGUGGAACGCACCUGCAGCAGAGCGAGAAGACGUCUUAAUUUAUCAUUGGAGAGAGAUGAUAGUAUUAUUUAUAUAGGUAGAAUAAAUAUAUAUAUAAAUAUAUAUAUUUUGGUGGUAAUGAAAAUGGCUCCGCAGAAUGCCGACUCGGAAUCUAUGCAAGUACAAGAGCUGCCUGUGCCCCUGCCAGACCCUCAGAAACCCAGAGACCCAGAGGCGGAGACCCAAGAGGAGACCACAAGCGAGGGGUCCAUAGACAGAAUCCCCACACGCCUAUGGGUCAUGCAUGGGGCAGUGAUGUUUGGCAGGGAAUUUUGUUACGCGAUGGAGACAGCACUGGUUACACCUAUACUGUUACAGAUAGGCCUCCCUGAGAAGUACUACAGCCUGACCUGGUUCCUGAGCCCCGUCCUCGGCCUCAUCUUCACACCGCUUAUUGGCUCUGCAAGUGACCGCUGCACCCUGAGCUGGGGCCGCCGGCGGCCCUUCAUCCUUGCGCUGUGUGUGGGGGUCCUCAUUGGUGUUGCACUUUUCCUCAACGGCUCCGCCAUAGGUCUGGCGCUCGGUGAUGUUCCCAGCCGGCAGCCCAUUGGCAUUGUCCUCACGGUGCUGGGAGUGGUGGUCCUGGAUUUCAGUGCCGAUGCAACUGAAGGGCCCAUUCGUGCCUACCUGCUGGAUGUGGUAGACAGUGAGGAGCAAGACAUGGCCCUCAACAUACACGCCUUCUCUGCUGGCCUUGGUGGGGCCAUUGGCUACGUGCUGGGUGGGCUGGACUGGACGCAGACCUUCCUAGGUGACUGGUUCCAGACGCAGAACCAGGUGCUGUUCUUCUUCGCUGCCGUCAUCUUCUCCGUGUCGGUGGCUCUGCAUCUCUUCAGCAUCGAGGAGGAGCAGUACAGCCCACAGCAGGACCGCGGGCCUGAGGAUCCCACCCUGCCCGGCACCAGCGUUCAGCCUGGCGCCCCAGCCCCUGCCUCCCGCCUCAGCUCCCUUGGUGGGGGCAUGCAGGACGGCAGCCCCCCAUUCCCAGAUGAGGUACAGUCAGAGCACGAGCUGUCCUUGGACUACCUCGAUGUGGACAUCGUGCGCAGCAAGAGUGACUCGGUGCUGCACAUGGCCGACGCCACACUGGACAUGGAGCCCCAGCUGCUCUUCCUGCAUGACAUCGAACCCUCCAUCUUCCAAGACGCUUCCUACCCCAGCACCCCCCAGAGCACCAGCCAAGAGCUUCUGAGGGCCAAGCUGCCCCGCCUGUCCACGUUCCUCAGGGAGUCCACCAAGGAGGACGACACCUUGCUUGAUAAUCACUUGAAUGAAGCUAAAGUCCCAAAUGGGAGAGGCUCCCCACCAAUCAACUCCCUCAGCCGCUCCAAGGUAGACUUGAAGCCCUCAGUCACAUCUGGUUCCAUGAGGCGGCGUAGGCACAUGUUUCACAGGCAGGCUUCUAGCACCUUCUCCUACUACGGCAAGAUUGGAUCCCACUGCUACCGAUACCGCCGGGCCAACGCAGUGGUCCUCAUCAAGCCGUCCCGAAGCAUGAGCGACCUGUAUGACCUGCAGCAGCGGCAGCGCUCCCGGCACCGCAACCAGAGUGGGGCCACUGCCUCCAGCGGGGACACGGAGAGUGAGGAGGGUGAGACAGAGACCACCGUGCGCCUGCUGUGGCUGUCCAUGCUGAAGAUGCCCAAGGAGCUGAUGUGGCUCUGCCUCUGUCACCUACUCACUUGGUUCUCCGUCAUCGCAGAGGCUGUCUUCUAUACUGACUUCAUGGGCCAGGUUAUCUUCAAAGGGAACCCGCAGGCCCCCUCCAACUCCACCAAGUGGCAUGCCUACAAUGCUGGCGUGAAGAUGGGCUGCUGGGGCCUGGUCAUCUACGCUGCUACUGGUGCUAUCUGCUCAGCCUUGCUACAGAAGUACCUGGACAACUAUGACCUGAGCAUCAGGAUCAUCUACAUGUUGGGGACACUGGGCUUCUCCGUGGGCACCGCUGUGAUGGCCAUGUUUCCCAACGUCUACGUGGCCAUGGUCACCAUCAGCACCAUGGGUGUUGUCUCGAUGAGCAUCUCCUACUGCCCCUAUGCCCUCCUAGGGCACUACCAUGACAUCAAGGAGUAUGUCCACCACAGUCCGGGGAAUUCCAAGCGUGGAUUUGGCAUUGACUGCGCCAUCCUCUCCUGUCAGGUCUACAUCUCCCAGAUCCUGGUUGCAUCUGCCCUUGGGGGCGUGGUCGACGCUGUGAAUAGUAUCGUUGUCAUCCCCAUAGUGGCCUCUGUAGGCUCUUUCCUGGGCUUCUUGACAGCCACAUUCCUGGUCAUCUACCCUGAGGUGUCAGAGGAACCUAAGGAGGAACAGAAAGGCCUGUCCUCAGGGCCCGCUGGCGAAGGCGAGGGUGGAGCGGGCAGUGAGAAGCCCACUGUACUGAAGCUGUCUCGGAAAGGGGGCCUUCGGGGGCUGGUGGAGACGGAGUCCAUGGUGUGAGCCCCCGCUGGUACAUUCCACACUGGAGGGCAGGGCGCACUGGGGGCUAGGCUUGCCCAUACCAUGCGAGCUGGAGUUCCUUCCCAGAGCACAGUCCAAGUUCAGUAGGUGUUAGGUGUAGGGUAGGUUUGAGCUAUUAGACAAAAAUAUCACACUAAUUUACCUUUCCCACGAUUAAAAAAAAAUCAUUUGAAAUCUUUUUUUAUUGAAAAAGAACUUAAUUUCAGCUGUCUUUUAUUCUGCAGGUAUAUCAUUCUGCAUGUUUUAAAUUGUGAAAUAUUCACAGCAUAGUCAAUAAGCAAUUUAGAAAACAUAAGGGUCUGCAUUUCUAAACCAGUAAUUGGAAGUGCAGAAACUGACUCCCUUGGCAGAUAUCAUCUGAAGGCAGCAGACAGCAGCGUAGUUUCCAGAUUGCCCAGCAGGUGUCUGUUGGAGACACCUUCAGCAUCAGUCUGGUAUUGCAGCGCCUCAGAGUAUUUUUCUGUUUAUUUUAGAAACAGUAUUUUCUUUUUCACAACUGUGGUUUUCUUAGAAGAACAUCAUCUCUGGCGAGUUAGGCUCGCAAUCCUGUGCACAGCUGAGACCACACACCAAAGCUGGGGAAAGGUCCCAGAGGUGUUUGAGCAGAAGGCAGCCAUUCCCCAGGGCAGCCUCCAGACAUCCCACCCAGGGACAGCACCAACCAGUAGGGCUGAAUGUGAACUCUCAGUGUGCCUCCUGCGUGCUUGUGUGCAAGUUUGUCUGUCCAGUCCCUACCCUCGUGCUCUUCCCCAGAAGCCACCACAGGGCAGUUGUUGGCUCCGUGGGACACUUCAGCUUGUCUCUACACGUUUGGCUGGAAAUCAGGCACAGAGCUCCUCCAGGUGAGCAUCGGCUCCCGAGUCCUGCUGCACGGCUACCUCGAGAGUGGGAGACAGUGGCAUCAGAGCAGGGCGCGGGAAGGGGCCGAGCCUACCUCCUACCACAUUGCUGACAUUGAUCCUCGCUGGAACCUAACUGAAGUCUUGCAAGCUCAUCACCUGCUUCUGCUGAUGGUCACUGGAGUGGGAUGAAGGCAAAGAACAGCAAGCAUCCGCCUGAGCAGGCUGCUGACCCAAGAUCCUGCCUGAGCAGGCGGGCUGCUGACCCAAGAUCCGUGCAGUGUCCGCUUUCUGCACACGAGCAGAACUUGGGCUUCAGGGAAGCAGGCUCAGCAAGUGCGGCUGUGGGUAAAGACUUUCCAACGACGUCUCUGUUUAACAACUCCAGUCUCUCGGUCUGCACUCAGGAGAGGGAGAACCUCCCUGGAUGGUACCCAGAUGAAGUCAGAGCCGUGCUCUUGUUGCCUCGGUUGGUGUUUUUACAUAAAGUACUUUAAAGUGCAUGAGAAUCAUGCUGCAAUAUGAGCAUUCUAAAGCAAAUAUAUAUACAUAUAUAUUUCAAGAUGAAAGUAAGCAGUUUUUAAAUAAAUUACUUGAAUUUUCUGUGUCUUCAAAGGAACGCUGUGUUUAUGUCCUUGGCCUGGGCUCUCUUGCCACAUUCCCCACACAGGUGGCACUUUGUCGUCUUUAGUGUUUUAUAUCUGGGAAGCAGAGGCAAGCUCAGGAUACAAGGGUACCUUCCCCUUGCCUGGGUCUUCCCUCGAGCCUAUGCCUGCAGAGAACUGUCUCCACCUUCCAGUGUUUUCUGUGUUCCCCGUUGAGAAUGGAAUUGCAGGUCUCUUUCUUGGGUAGGGGAAGUUGGACUCCCAAACACAGUCCCAGUGCUAAGCCCCCAGCCAGCUCAGCCCCAUCAGCGGGGUGCUCUGUCUCUUUGGGGAAGCAGGCACUUCUGGGCUCCUCCCUCCAACCAGCAUCCUUAGCAGGUCACUCUUGUGCAACAUAGUUUUAAGAUGGUAUUCCCUCAUUCCUGAAACAAAGGACUACAGCCUCUUGUUUUUAGGCACCCUGCUUUUCCACGUUGCCAUAGGAGGACAGAGGGAGGCAAGGACGCAUAGGACACUUAAGUGGGGAAAACCUGGAACCAUCAAAAUGAGUGUGAGGUCCUAGUCACACGCUGCUCACAACACCCCACCCAAAGGCUUCUGCAGACCUUCCCCACUGAAGCUGAAUAACUGACAGGGGGGUUGGGGUCUAGCAGAGACCACACCCAUAGGAGCAAGAGAUAAUAGGAUCGCCCCAAACAGUGGUCCAGACCUUAAAAUGCCAUGGCUUCCACUUACCAUAAUCUGAAGUACCACAAGGACAGUGUUUAUGGCACAGGUCUUGGCAAAGCCACCAGUAAAAUGCUGACAACCAGUAAGAACAGUGAGCCAGAGGCAUGCCUGUUUGUUGCUGUCAGAUCAGGCUGCACAUCUGGUACUUUUUAAGACCUGAGCCUGUUAGAUGUUUGCAUCCAAAGGCCUCUGUCUGUGGGUCUGGCCAGUGUGAGGGCCCUUGGGUUGAGACCCAAGGGUGAUAAUAGAGUUGAUUUCUGGGCUUCCUUGCAGAUAAAUAUAGUGAACCAUGGGCCUUGAGGUGGAUGUUGUCUCAUCCAGGGUACACAAGUAGCCAGGCCCUUUUGCCUAGCCCUUCCCUCACUGAGAUGCCACCAAUGGACAACUAUCAGGGCCACUGCUUCUGUGUUAAAGAAGCCAAGGGAGGAGGGCUGGCUUUGCAGUGGGUGAUGCCAAAGCUUGUAUUGCUCAGACCAGACCAGGUACUUCUGUUUCCUGACUUGGACUUGCAGACCCAGCACUCACGGGCACUGGGAUCCAUCCCAGAGAGUGCACCUGAGUAGCUCUUCCGUGGCCUAUGAUCUCGAGAGGAAAGGUGGUUGGGUUCCGUGGACCCAGGGGACUGGAAGGGUCAAGCAGAUGCCCAUUUGUGGCCAGUGCUGAGGAUGCAAACGGAGGAGUUAGCUUUGUAAUACCUUGGGAUUUAGCCGUGAAAAGCACCUGUGUGGUAGGGGAUUAGCAGGAAUUCCACUGGUCCCAGGCCACAGAAUUGCACGCAGGUUACUAACGGAAGGGAGCCCGCUUCUCUUUCCCGUGAAAGUCAAAACAUUUUUUAAAGUUUGCCUGCAAGAGAGUACAAGCCGUUAAGUGGUCCACAGCCUGGGGGCAGAAUGGCAUGGUGGCACUUCCUGGUAUCUGGAAAGCUAGCUAUGAGACAUUAUCUGUUCUUAGCCUGAGGUCUCAGCUGGAAUAUUCACACCGACAGGUGCACAGCCCUCAGACUCCCAUCCUUGAGAUCCUCAGGGCCCUGUGAGGGACGGUUUGGACAAAGUUGGGAGUGACAGAGCAGGAUCUGGAUAGUAGCCUCCUGGAGUGGCCCAGAUGUCAUAGAAGGUGUGGUGACCCCUCCCAUCAGCUGCAGCCUGGCUGCCUUAUCUCCCUGGUACCACUGGCUUCUGCAACCCAUGGGGUUAAUGGCUUCCUUUGUCUGUGGCCGGUGGUCUGUGCGGGAGCAGCAACCAUGGCUAUGUGUGCUACAGGUCAGUAUCCUAAAACAUCUACUGAAACCGGACGCUCAUCAACCUCACAUGCACCAAACGCCAUGGCCCCCUAGCUGUGCCACUUCCCCCUGAACCUCUGCCUUCAGCCACCAACCAACACCUGGAUUGUGCCGGUGAAGCCACCGGUGGGUCCUCCUCCAAUGGCUGUCACCAGAAACAGGCUUACCCCUCUGCAUGUGAGCUUUCGAGAGUGCCUGGGGACUGCCCAGCAAGGCAGCCAUGCUGUCUGCUGGACUGACUUAAAACAGGGCAGGCAGGGGGCGUGCACAUCCAUAUCUCAUCACCACUUCAUGAAAAGCCAGCAUCAUGGUGGGAAGCCUGAGAUAGCCCCUCUGACAGCAACCCUUGGGCCUCCAGGAGCACAGAGCAGCCUGGGCGUCCCAGCUGCCUCCCUGCUGCCUCCUGAAGGUCUUGUGCUGGGACCCAGUAGCAGGAAGAACAGUUGUUAGAAAGGCCUCGGCACAAUGGCACUCCCCAGGCACCUCGGAACAAAAAAAACGAUUUAGUUCCUUUGUGAACUGGAAACAGGACAACUGUUAUCAACUUAUUAAGUUGGAGCACUGUAAUAGCUCUUGCUGAUUUUUAGCAACAGUUAAGUGUGUGUUAAACACAUGUUACGAUUUAUGAAGAAACAGAUUCUAGAGAGAGUACUAUCACACACGACGACUUUGUUUUUUACUAGGUGGAUAUUGAUGUCUGCUGCUGUCCAGAGCCCCUCUAGGGCUUUGUCCUUUCUUUGUCACAUGCUGGGCUACUGGUCCCUGUACAUCGCUCGGUGUGUAUGGCCUGACUCCUUCCUGCCAGGCUAGUGUCUCCCUGCCGCUAUUGCUGUUACACUGUGGUUAAUUCAAUAAAUGUUACCAUUGCAGAUGA